AUGACAAAAAAGACCAGGCAAACUCUGAGCUCUCACCAUCAGGAAGAAGCGAGCUCGAUCUGCAAAGGGAGAGCUGCUUCAGUGGCAGUUUGCGGAGCUGUCUGCCUGGCGGUAAACCGUCCUCCACCAGCAGCAGAGGAGAAAGAGCCUGAUGGGUUUCGAGAUCGAUCCUUCAGCAGCCUGUCCCCGUCAGCCUGCAUCUCGGAGGAUUUCCAAUGCCAUGGAAAUGCUGUAGUCGUCCACACGGCUGGGGACGACGAUCAGGCUGCUGCUGAGGCCGACGAGGUCGAGCUCGAGGUUGAAGCUGGAGCAGCGAAAAGCGAAAAAAAUCCUCGAUGUCGAUGUGGUUGUGGUGAUGUUCUCGAAGGCGAAGGGAUAGGGAUAGGCGAAAGGCUGGCGGCACCUUGCAUGAUGCAUAGGCGAGACCAUACAAGCUUGUUUACGGUUCUGCCCUUUUGUUCUGCCGAAGCCUCGCUAACGAACUCUGAUAGCUAG